AUGGCUCUCUCACUGCGGGAUCGCCAGAUCGCUGCCAUCAAGCGCAUACUCAACCUCAACGCCCCCAUCAACGACGUCGACGCUGCUGAAGAGUCCACCACCACAACCACCACAACCACCAGCACAGCCGACAUCGAGUGGAAGGUACUGAUCCUCGAUACUCAGGCGAGGAAUGUCAUAUCGGCAGUACUGCGUACAAACGACCUAAGAGCAGCUGGGGUCACUGUACACUUCAAUCUUGCAUCCAAGCGCAGCCCCAUACCCGACACCCCAGGCAUAUACCUCAUCGCCCCCACAGCCGAGAACCUAGCGCUGGUGACCAAGGAUCUGAACGAUGGCUUGUACACCCCGGUGUACGUCAACUUCCUGUCAAGUGUCCCCAGGGCACUCCUGGAAGACUGGGGUAGCCAGAUUGCAUCCUCACCCUCCGCUGCCGAGAAUCUCGCCCAGAUAUACGACCAGUACCUGAACUUUGUCACCCUCGACAGCGACCAGUUUUCUUUGAAUAUUGAAGAUGCGUAUCGAAAGAUUAACAGCCCGAAGACGUCGGACCAGGAGCUAGACGAGCUGAUCGAUCGCAUCGUCUCGGGACUCUUCUCUGUCGUAGUCACCAUGGCCGUCGUUCCCAUCAUACGCUGUCCAACAGGAGGAGCUGCUUCCGAUAUCGCGGCAAAGCUUGAUCGAAAGCUGCGCGACCACAUCCUCAACAGCAAGGAAAACCUCUUCUCCGCCAACACAGCGUCUCGUCCUGUUCUGAUCAUCGUCGACCGCAAUAUCGACCUUUGCCCCAUGUUCAGCCACUCAUGGAUAUACCAAAGUCUUGUUUACGACGUACUAGACUUUUCCCUGAACAAGGUCGUCGUGACUGUGCCAAACGACAAGGCAAAUCCCGAGAGCGGCUCUAAGAAACAGACCUACGAUUUGGCGGCCAGCGAUUACUUCUGGAAACGCAACGCAGCCCAACCGUUUCCUCAAGUAGCAGACGACGUCACAAACGAGUGGACAAAGUACACGGCAGAUGCAGACAAGAUCACAAAGUCCACGGGCUCCAACUCUAUUGACGAUAUGGAGACUCAAUUCGCAGCUCAUCUCAAAGGCGCCAUAUCUAUGCUGCCCGAGCUCCGUGAGCGCAAGGCAACUAUUGAGAGCCACAUGAGCAUGCUCGAGUCGGUCAUGGAUGGCAUCAAGCAGAGGAAAUUAGACGAGUUUUUCCAGCUCGAAGAAGAGCUUGGCAAAGCCACCAAAACAACGAUCCUAGAUAUCAUCAAAUCCAGCGACAAGGGCAACGACCCAUACGACAAGCUACGUCUGUUCCUCCAGUGGUACUUGACCACAUCCGACGACCUAUCGCGCAAUGAGCUCGAUAGCUUCACACAAGCUCUAGAACAAGCUGGGUGUGAUACAACAGCAGUAGCAUACGUCAAGACAGUCCGCCAGAUCACGCGCAUGACUAUGUUGAGCUCUGCACCUACGCAACCUGCACAGGCGUCAUCGAACCUUUUCGGCGGUUUCUCAAGUUUAAGCAGUCGCGUCACAGACAAAUUCAAGGAAGCCGGUUUGGGCGCGCCCAACUUCGAGGGCGUAUUGUCAGGCAUUAAGAGCUACUUACCCGCUAACACAGACCUGACUCUUACCAAAAUUGUAGAAGCCAUUUCUGAUCCUCAAAAUGCAACAUCAAGUGCAUUGAACAAGAUAGAAUCCUGGCUCUACUUCGACCCCCGGUCUGCCAACGCUCGUGGUACUAUACCACCAGCUAGCCAGUCUCGAAACAACCAGAGUACCGUCUCCCGCGGUAUCGAAGCCUCGUUUGGGCAAAGACGACAAGGCUACACGGAAGCACUGGUGUUCCCUGUUGGAGGCGGCAGUAUGGAUGAAUUCGGCAACUUGCAGGCAUGGUCGCAAAGGACUAGCGCUGCGGGUGCUGGCCAGCAAAGGAGAGUUGUGUAUGGCUCUACGAAUCUGUACUCUGCGAGGGACUUCAUCGUCAAUGAACUGGCGCCUUUGGGUGCUGAGACCGCUUGA